AUGAAACCGGAGAAAGAAGAGCUGGACGUAAAUAAAAAUAUGCAGAACAAAUAUAUGGAUGUGGAUCUGGAAAGAGCUUUGGACUUAUCUGGCGUUAUAUUAACUGCACCUGUUUGGGGCCGAGCAGCCGAUGCGCUAGGUAGGAAACCAGUGCUGCUAUUUUCAACAGCAGUUUCAGGAACUCUUGCACUAGUGGCAGCUUUCAUGCCUAAUCUUAUAGGUUUUGCUUUAUUUAAGUUUGCCAGUUCGUUAUUCCUAUCCUGUCCAUCGUCACUAGGUUUCGCGUAUGCUGGAGAGUUAAUGCCACGACACAAGAGAGAUCUAGCAGUUAUGAUUUGUAAUGCACUCUCUAUGCUGACAUCAACUUUUUGUCCCCUCCUUGCAUGGGGCAUUCUUUCAUAUAAUUGGGACAACAGUCCCAUACCGUUACGUCCCUGGCGAGUGCUGACCAUUGUAUACGCUGUUCCUGUAAUACUUGCUGCUAUAUGGGUCACCCAAGCCAAAGAGAGCCCAAAAUUUCUUAUGGCUAAAGGCAAACAUGAGGAGGCGUUGGAAGUCUUGAAGCACAUCUACGCUUUCAAUACUGGAUUAGACAAAGAAAAUUUUUGCGUAAAAUCAUUGAAGAUUUGUUCCGACGAUACUCUAGAACAGAACAGUGACUCACCUACCAGUAAAGAGGAUUCAUCAUCUUUAUUAAGACCACCGCAUUUAAAAUGGCUGGUCUUGAUUGGUUUCCUUAUGUUUGGACUAUUUUCACUGAACAAAUCAGUAAUACAUGAUGUAUCAGAAUAUUUUAUUUGUUUGAGGUUGAACGGGUUAUUCUUGUUCGUGCCUGACACUCUCAACAAAGCGGUAUUAUCGGAUAAACCACGUACUGUAUGCGAAUUAAUAAACCAGCCUCAGAAUCAGACGUCAUCUGCUUGCUCUGACACUAUAUCCUACGGAACCUUCCAAGUCACAGUAAUCUGUUCUCUCGUGUACGGAACCCUCGUGAUGCUGGUCAGCCUCAGCUCUGUCUCCAAGAGGAGCCAGCUCAUCAUCAUGUACAGCCUCGUGGGCGUCACUUGCAUUAUAUCUGCUUUGACUACUAAUAAGUUACUGGCUGGUAUAUCGAUGUCGGCGCUUCAAAUAACCGCUCUGGGUAUCGGUCCACUCACAGCUUACGCCGUUGAGAUGUUCCCAACUACUUUAAGGGGAACAGCGGUGGGUGCAGUUCUUAUGUUCGGUCGAGUGGGUUCCGUGGUUGGAGCCAACUUGGCUGGGGUCUUCCUUGCUGGUUCCUGUACAGCAACUUUCUAUGGCUUCUCAGGACUAUUGUUUCUGUGUGCAUUUCUGAGUGCUUUGUUACAACGAGAACAAACUGCCAACCAAGUUACAUGA